AUGUCAACUUCCAAAUGUACAACAGAAUACAACAGAUCGAAAAAAUACAACGAUUACAGUUUACAAUUUAGUCGAUGGUUUCUCAAGCCAAUUGGUGCGUGGCCACAAAUAAAUGCAUCGAGUUUAGUGUGCAAAAUCGUGAUAUUACUACACAUUUUUAUUUGUUCAAGCAUGAUAGCAUCCAAUAUGGUGCCAUGUUUGUUAUAUGUAUUAUUUGAAAAAGUCAAUAUCAAGCUAAAGUUGAGUGCCGUUGGGCCAUUGCUUCAUAGAGUUAUGGGCUCGGUACAUUAUUGGGUGCUGCUUAAGCGCAGUGGUGAUAUUCAUAAAGUAAUACGACACAUGGAGACAGAUUGGCGUUUGAUACAGAGACUUGAUAAUCGUAAAGUAAUGCUACAACAAGCUAAGUUCGGUCGCUUUGUUGCCAUAAUUUGCGGUAUAAUCAUGUAUGGUGGUACAAUUCUGUUCAGUAUAGCAAAGGCAAUGAAAACCAUAACCAUUAACGUCGGCAAUAAAACUUUUACAACACAUCCAAUGACGUGUCCGACUUAUAGUAAGAUCAUCGACACGAGAUUUAGCCCUGUGAAUGAAAUCGCGUUGGUUCUACAAAACCUUGCAAUAUUAGUAGUGAGUUCCUCUACUGUCGGUGCUUGCAGUCUGGCUGCCGUUUUCGCAAUACAUGCUUGUGGUCAAUUGAAAGUACUGAAUGCGUGGCUACAUGAACUUGUUCAAAAUCAAAAGAUGGGAAAUGGUACAGCUGAACGAAAGCUAGCUGCUAUCGUCGAACAUCAUCUGAGAAUAUUGAGUUUUAUAUCACAAGUGGAAAGUAUUAUGCAUAAAGCCGCUCUUGUGGAAUUAGCCGGGUGCACCAUAGUCAUGUGUUUGCUUGGAUAUUACACUAUUACGGCUUGGGAAACACUUGAUACAACAAAAAUAACAUCUUCCCUUAUUGUAUAUUUAUCGAUGGGUUUUAAUAUAUUUAUAUUUUGCUACAUCGGAGGAAUUAUCACUGAACAGUGCAAAAAUGUCGGAGAAAUGGCAUAUAUGACUGAUUGGUACAAUCUACAUCAUAAAACUGCACGUGGUCUCAUUCUGAUUAUUGCCCGAUCGAAUAACGUAAUUAAGAUCACAGCAGGAAAGUUAUUCCAUUUAUCCAUUGCAACCUUUGGUGAUGUAAUUAAAACUUCAAUGGUAUAUUUAAAUUUUUUGAGAACAAUGACUAUGUAA